GAUGGGCGUCGGGUGGCGCGCGAACGCAGUGACAUGCGGGCAGCACAUGCUCAGCGCCAGCAAGCACAGCGGCGACAAGCCAGCCAAGCGGAGCCCCAGAUUUCGGACACAGAGGAUGGAGAAUCUGGGUCAGACGAUCAAGGGGAGAGAGCGGAAGAAGAGGAGGACGACGUGGAGUCUCCCCUGCACUUCCUGAAAGACUCCGCACGGCAGUCGCUCAAGGCCAGCUUCUUGGCAAAGGUGAUGUCCUCCAUCAUCGGCUAUGCCUCUGAUUACGAGCUGGCGCAGUUCGUGUGCGACCUCUGGCUUUGGAGCUUGCUGGGAGGGGCCAAGCACGCUUCGGGGGUGCAGAUGAGGGUGGCGCUGGCUGGCAAGCCCUUUUCGCCGGAGUACUGGCGGACGCGGCACUUUGCUUUGCUAGAUUUGCAGAAGCAGCUCGGUUACCCGACCCUGUUCGUGACCAUUGCCCCGUACGAGUGGUCCAGCCCUUACCACGCCUUUCUUGAGGACGAGCUCCUGCGCACCUUCAAGACGCGACUGCACCUGCCCGGGCCAGAGUCCUUCCACCUGGCGCAUAUCUUGACGCAGGCAGCCCUGGGCCUCGUCACGGGCUGGAACAAGAAGGACGGCAAGCGCAAGCGCGGUGUGCGCAACGAGCGCCUGGACUAUCAUGGGAGGCGGCCGCCCUCACGUGCACUUCCUCGUAUGGCUCAGGCACCCGGAGAGCCUGCCAUGGUCUCAGAUUGUUUGUGGUCACCUCCCUUCGGACAACGCACCGAUGGAGCAGAUUGCGCGAAGCAGCCAGAUCUCUUGGACGGGCAGUGGGUGGCCCCGGAGGGAAGCUUCCACCGUUUGGGACCACAGACUGCAGGGCGCCUCCACUUGCACCACCCCGAGUCCGCUUGGAAGGAAGGCAUGCGUGCAUACAUGCCGGACGUCCUGGCUAGUUUGAAGUGCCAUAUGGAUGUCCAGGCGUCGGACGGCCGGGGCAUGCUGCUCCGCUACGUGGCCGGCUAUGUGCCGAAGUUUUCGGAUUCCUUCCAAUCCAACUGGCUGGAUGAUGUCUCCUCCGACUAUGCCCUGGCCCGACGGGUCCUCACCCAGUACCAGCCACUCGAACCGGAAAUGUGGUUGCAGCUGGGCGCCCACCUCUUCCGUCAGUGCUUCGCCGGCGGAGGCCUCAGCCGCUUCGUCGUGCCGAUGCCCUGGAGAGGUGACCUCCCUGAGCGCGUGCAACAGUACAUGGCCUCUGCCUGGCGCCCACAAUCCAUGACCUUGCUGACGUACCUCCGGAAAACAAACCAGCAAGGAGCUAUCCACCACGAGUACAAGAAGACCUUCGCUGCCAUCGCUGCUGCAGAGGGGUUGGGGCAUGAUGAUUGGGCUCCCUGGCUCGCCGCCGCCCCGUACAGUGGGGCCGUCCUCGUGGCCGCCGUCACCAAGUCCCGCUUCAGCGACGAGUACUACAAGCAGUGGUGCCUGUUGCACGUGCCCUUCCGCUUCCUGGACGACCUCUGGCACACGCGCCUGACCUCUUGCCGCCGCAGUUCCAAGGCUACCGGCUGCACUAGCCAUCGGGCAGCACUGUACUGGGCGAAGGCAUCAACCGGCGACUGGGACGAAGGCGAGGGGGAGCCGGAGGAGCCAUCCUUCACAGUGGACUGGAGCUGGGAUUCCGCUUUCGCGGUACUGGGGCCGGCAGGAAGCGGAAAAUCUACCACGGUCAUGGUUGCCAUGGAAAAGGCACGAGCUGCGGGCGCGCGCGUCGUGCUCGCGUGCCCCACUCGCAUGCUGGUCGCUGCCUACCGCCAGAAGUACCCUGACCUGGACGUGGACAGCGUGCACGCGGUCUUUCAGCUCUUCAGGCCGGAGCACGAGACGCUGCUGAGCAUGGCGACGUACGAGCUUGUGGUUCUCGAUGAGGUCAGCCAGAUCUCCGCGGCCGUGUUCGAGCGCCUGCUCCGCAUCUGGGAGGCCGCCGGCAACCAGCCCGCCCUCGUGUUCAUCGGCGACUUCGCCCAGCUCAAGGGAGUCGAGCCCACGCAG